AUGUCCGGGAAACAGCUUGACGACGGUGCCCCACCCGGCGAACCAGCGCCAGAGAUACUCGAAGGCAGGAUCUGGGUUGAUGGAUGCUGGGACUUCUUCCACCACGGCCAUGCGGGCGCCAUGUUACAAGCCCGGCAAUUGGGCAAUGAGCUGGUCGUCGGCAUCCAUUCGGACGAGGCAAUCCUUGAAAACAAGGGACCAACGGUCAUGACUUUAGAAGAGCGAAUCGCUGCCGUCGAUGCCUGUCGAUGGGUCACUCAAUCGGUUCCUUAUGCACCGUACGUCACAUCUUUACCCUGGAUCUCCCACUACGGCUGCAAAUAUGUUGUGCAUGGGGACGACAUCACAUCUGAUAGUAGUGGAGAGGAUUGCUACCGGUUUGUGAAGGCUGCUGGUCGAUUCAAGGUUGUGAAACGCACCCCGAGUAUCUCAACCACCGACCUUGUUGGAAGGAUGCUACUCUGCACACGCACGCAUUUCAUCAAAUCAUUGACCAAACUCCUAGCUGGAGAGGAGGGACCAGGGACUGAAGAAGAGCGAAAAGCUGAAGGGGCGGCUCUGACGGAGAGAAUGCGCCUUUAUGCUACUGAUGAGACCGGUCUCCACCCGGGAUCAAGCGUGUGGUUCUGGACUGCUUCUAUCGAAGCAAGAGAACAUCACACAGAAGAGGAGAAGGGCGUGUUCAGCGCAUUGUGUCAAGGAUCCAAACCCAAGCCAGGCCAGCGUGUAGUCUAUGUCGACGGCGGGUUUGACCUCUUCUCGUCCGGACAUAUUGAGUUCCUUCGACAGGUCAUCAAGGCCGAAGAACAGAUCGGAAGAGAUCAAGGAUGGUAUACCAAAGAAGCAAUAGAGGAGAGAACUGGCAAGGGGGCAGAUUAUGGUCCAGUCUUUGUUGUUGCUGGGGUCCACGACGACGAGGUUAUCAAUCAUUGGAAAGGAGUCAACUACCCCAUCAUGAAUAUUUACGAACGAGGUCUCUGUGUUCUACAGUGCAAGUACGUAAAUGCAGUGAUCUUUGGCGCUCCCUUCACCCCAACUCGGGCGUAUCUUACCUCAAGUCCAUAUGGCGUCCCUGACGCUGUCUAUCACGGCCCUACUAGUUUCAUGCCAUUGACGUAUGAUCCUUACACCGCGCCUAAGGCAAUGGGGAUAUAUAGGGAGAUUGGACAUCACAACUUCGCAGGUGUAAACGCAGGUCAGAUCGUGCAGAGAAUCAUGAAGAGUCGUGAUAUGUAUGAAGAGAGGCAGCGGGUCAAGGGGAUCAAGAGUAUUGGCGAGGAGGCACAGAGAACAAGGGAGAGGUUAGAGGAGGAGCAAAGGCUGAAGGAGAGUGCUGCGCGGCAUAGCAACUAG